AUGGCUCGUCUGUUAUUAAUUUUUUUAGCGCUCACAGCUCUAGUCCUCCUCUCAUGUCCACAAGCUUCCACAUCCACCCCCACCUUCAAUCCAAAGCACAACAAUUUCACUGAUCGACAAGCACUUCUCUCCUUCAAAUCCACGAUAUCCGGCGAUCCUAGAGGAUCACUGGCCUCGUGGAACGUGUCUGUUCAUUUCUGCCGGUGGCUAGGGAUCACUUGCGGUGGACUCCGACAUCCUCAGAGGGUUGUAUCCUUGGACUUGAGCUCUCUUAAUCUGGUUGGUGUUAUUUCAACAACCAUAGUUAAUCUCACAUUUCUCAGAAGGAUAGAUCUCUCAAACAAUCAAAUUAGUGGAUCCAUCCCACAAGAGAUUGGUGGCCUUCCUCGGUUGCGGUAUCUUUACUUGAGUUUGAAUUUUCUCGAAGGAAGUAUUCCUGCUUCACUGUCUCACUGCUCAAAAUUAGAGGUACUUUCUCUGCGGGAUAACAAGCUCCAAGGUGAAAUUCCAGUCAGUCUCAGCAAUUGUUCUAGCCUACAGGUCCUAAAUUUAAAAAACAAUAGCCUUACAGGUCGUAUACCUUCUUCAUUAACAAGUCUUUCCUUGCUUUUUGUUCUAUCUAUGUCUGGAAACAAAUUAUAUGGUGGCAUCCCGCAUACUAUCGGAAACCUUACUUCUCUAACUCAACUCUAUCUGUACAAUAACGAACUCACUGGCAGCAUCCCAUCUAGCAUAGCUAACCUCGCCUCUCUAACUGUACUUUACUUGCACGAUAACGAACUCACUGGCAGCAUCCCACCGAGCAUAGGUAAUCUCUUUUCUCUUACUAGCCUUGCACUUGAUAAUAACCAAUUAUCAGGAAGCAUACCACAUUCAAUCGGUAGGCUUUCUGAACUAGAAGAACUUCACUUGGACUUCAACGACCUCGCCGGGGUCAUACCACCUUCAUUGUGGAAUCUCUCCUCUCUUUCUUAUUUAGAUUUGUCAUUUAACUAUCACCUAUCUGGCUCACUCCCACCUAACAUAGGCCGAGCUCUUCCUCUGCUUGAGGUAUUUGGCCUGGACUGUAACCAAUUCCACGGACCUAUCCCAAUGUCAUUAUCCAAUGCAUCUCGUCUUCGAUACAUUGAGCUUGCUGGAAAUAGCUUCAGUGGCGUAAUCCCUCCUAGCCUCGGACGUUUACGACAGCUGCAAUCACUAUUUCUGGGUGAUAACCAUCUGGAAGCCACAGAACCUGAUGGAUGGAAUUUCCUAACCGCUUUGACCAAUUGUACCCAGUUGGAGCGGUUGAGCAUAUCGUUAAAUAAUCUUAGUGGCGUGCUACCGAAUUCCAUUGCUAAUUUUUCCACCAACCUUCAGCUUCUUGAUAUGCAUAAUAACUACAUCUCUGGAAAAAUAUCUUCUGAUAUCGGAAACCUCGUAAACCUUACUCUACUUUAUAUGGUUGGAAACUCGCUUUAUGGCUCUAUUCCUUCAAGCAUUGGGAUGCUUCAGAAGUUGAAUCAAUUGGAUUUGAGCAAUAACAAGCUAUCUGGAGAGAUUCCAUCUACCAUCGGCAACCUUACUCAAUUGAAUGAACUUCUUCAUCUAGAUUCCAAUGAACUAAGCGGGAAUAUACCAGCAAGUCUUGGAAAGUGCCAAAACCUAAUAUGUCUAAAUCUUGGAUCUAACAAACUUGCGGGUAAUAUACCCAAAGAAAUAGUCUCCAUAUCCGGACUCUCCAUAUCUUUAAGUUUGACAUCCAAUUCACUGUCAGGGCCAAUACCAUCUGAAAUCGGGAGCUUAAUAAACGUGAAUAUAUUGGAUAUCAGCAUGAACAAAUUGGUCGGCACAAUCCCUAGCACUCUUGCUGAAUGUCAAGUGCUGGAGGGACUUUAUCUUGGUGGAAAUUUCUUUCGAGGAAGUAUUCCUUCUUCUUUAGCCUCGUUAAGAGGCAUCCAGGAGCUUGAUUUUUCAAGAAAUAACUUGUCAGGAAAAAUACCAGAUUUCUUACAGGACUUUCAUCUCCUAGACCAUUUGAAUCUGUCCUUCAAUGACUUUGAAGGUGAAGUGCCACUACUUGGUGUGUUUGCAAAUUCAAGUGCAGUUUCAGUUAUUGGAAAUAGUAAGCUUUGUGGAGGGAACCCAGAAUUGCAUCUGCCAGCUUGCCCAUCUGAACCCUUUAACAAGAAACAUCACUCGCGUACAGUAUUAGUGAUCUGCGGGAGUACUAUUUUAUUUAUAUUUGUGAUUAUUCUUUUCUGUUUCCUCAUAGUCCGAUGUCGUCGAAAAGGUUCAAGAAGAAAAUCUCUUGACUCAUCACCCACAAUUGAGCAAAAUGUGCAGGUCACUUAUGGUGAUCUAGUGAGAGCCACAGAUGGAUUUUCUGAGAAUAAUAUAAUUGGGACUGGUAGUUUUGGUACAUUAUAUAAAGGACUACUCAAUGGUGAAAGUAGGAAAGUUGUUGCUGUAAAGGUAUUGAACCUUCAAAUACAAGGAGCAUCAAGGACAUUUAUAGCAGAAUGUGAUGCUGUGAAAAACAUCCGGCAUCGGAAUCUUCUCAAGAUCCUUACAGUAUGUUCAAGUGUAGAUUUCAAAGGUAAUGACUUCAAAGCUGUAGUUUUUGAGUUCAUGGAAAAUGGAAGUUUAGAUGAUUGGUUGCAUCCCAAAGCAAAUGAGCAGUCCAAACCAAAGAAAUUGGACCUUACGGCAAGGUUAGAUAUAGCUAUUGACGUAGCUUAUGCUUUGGAUUAUUUCUUGAUUUCGUUACUUUUAUAUAUGUUGUAUUAUUUUCUUAGGCUAAAAUUUUAA